UCUAUGGCGGGUACACGAAACACUUUAGUUACAGUCACGAACAUGCGGCUAUACUUGAUAACUAUUAUUCCACGAACAGAAACCCUGAAGUUCAAUUAAUCUCUGAAGAGAAUGUAAACAUGCACCGUAAUGGCCGCGGCUCGGUGCAGUGUUGAGUUUUUAUCAGAGUUCAGUGACUGUCAGUCGGUGCGCUUCAUUCAGCACGACACGAAUCUAUUCUUGACCAGCGGACACAGAGAUGUGCUCAUAUUCAGUGUGCAGGACAGAAAAGUCAAGACCGUGAUUCAAUUUGACGACUCAGUGACAUGUCUGGAUUUAACGUCAAGUGAUGAUAAACAUCGACUUUAUGCACUCUGCAAGAACGGUGGGCUUUACUGUACUCCUCUACCACAACAGCUCAGUUCUUCCUCUGUGAACAAAAGUCCUGAGCCUAUGCUACAUGUUGUAUCAAAUGAUUCACUUGUCCUCAAAAAUGCCGGUCUGCAGGCGUUCACGAUAGUCAAAAAGAUCCUUGUGACUCUUAGUCUUGACGAGUCCGUCUGGAGUUUUAACCUCUAUGAAGAGCCUGGAUCCAAACCCUUUUGUAAACUUGCACAUUUCCAGAUUUCCACUGUAAUGACGUGUUGUUUAAGCGUAACAGACAAUGAAAAAAGUGUCAGCUCACCUCCAGUGCUGACCUGCAUCUAUCCUGAGGGCUCCACGUCAGUCAAAACUCACCAAUCUGACCUGCAUCAUCAUCUCGAGCCCCAUCUCUUCAGGCUUUUAUUUGGAGUGGACGCCGCUUUAGUCAGUUCCCCGGUUAUUCUGUGUGGUUUACCUGAUGGACGUAUUUGCUGCUUUCCUUUGCUCGUCCCCACUCUGAUCGGUCCGAGAGGAGAACAGAGAUCUCCAAUAAGAGUCCUUCAGAGCUUAGAGCAGCCGAUCGUAUUCAUCGGAACUUGCAUCUCUGGAGAACAUGGACCUCAGAGUCUCAUUGCAGUGGGUCAGAGAGGCAAACUACUAAUGGUCAGAAGCAAACCAAGAAGCUCGGAAGGAAAAGAGACAGAUUAUAGCUUCAAUGAGCAUAGCGUUCGAGGGCCAGUGCUUUGUGCCUGUGCUGAUGAUAAACGGCUAUACUACAGUUCACUUAAUGACCUUCACGCUCUUCAGCUCACCACAUCAUCUUCAUCAGAAGCCACAGGUACCGAGUUCCAACUGCAAGCGCUGAUAUCAAACAGUCUUGGUGUAUGCAGGGUUAUAGCACUUGCUGGACCAUAUACAAACCCCACAGGAUCCGUUCAACUUUUGGCUUUAUCUUCAAGUGGAAGACUGAUGCGAGUCAACCUUCCUCAAGGGUCUGAAAAGGGAAUCUUGUCCAGGUUGUCCUCAUCGCUGGCAGGCCAGAGAGUGAAAGACCUCCUGGCCUCCAUUGGAAACGUCUGGGAGAGGGCAGAAUCUUUGAAACAGAAGCUUCAGGAGAAAAACGAGUCUCUCAAACAACUUAAUCAAGUCGUAAACAUUUGCAGCCUUCUGUUGGACAGCAAUGGGAAUGAAAAGCAAUCUAACAUGGACACCAAACCUCCGAUCAGCUUUCUUGGUGCAGCUAGAUGGAGCUCACUGCUUCAAAAAACCUCUUUGACUCUUACAUGUGUGCUUAAAAACUCAAGCGAUUGUACGCUUGAACAUGGCUGGACGUUGUGCAUUCAGGUCCAUCCAUUAUACCAACAUCCAAAUACGGAGAGCUCAUCCAGCUCGUACUCAUUCCCACUGAGGAAGUUAGAUUCAGGUCAGAAACUAGAUGUGACUAUUCCUCUUGAAAGCAAUGGUGGCCUGUUUCUGCCAGUGAAGGUCUGCUGUUCCCUCUCCUUCUCCCUUUCUGCUCUGUUUGGCCCUGAUGCAUCUUCCCCUGGUGUUUAUCAGCUUCUAAAAGAGAUGGGCUCCAUCAGUGCACCUUUGAGUACUUUAACAGUAGACUGGCUUGAUGUUUUAAGGCUCGAGGGAUCCUUUUCUCACAAUAACAUCAGCUGCAACACGAUCUCCGAUGGCAUCCAAGCCUUUCUGCGAUCCAGAGGAGUGUUUACAAAACAUUCCGAUAAAACUUCCAAGUCGGGACCCGUUGCAGUGGUGGUGAGGGUAUCAAUCGAGCUUCUAAAAAGCAAACUGCACCUAUCAGCAACCAGCAGUCUGGAGGCGAGCAUGUCUGUGCUAAACUGGUUGGUAUCACCUGAGACGAUAGGAUCUGUAAAAAGUCCAGUGGUUAAUGCCUACAGUCCAGAUGGAUGCUCUGUGAAGAUCAUGGCCAAAGAGGUAACACUGGGAGAUUUCUAUUCUGAAGGACCUCUCGAAGCCCUGGAGAUUUGUGUGGAAAGUACAUCAAUGGCAGCAGUGUGUGGACUCCAUCAUGCCAUUCUGAGGCGCCUACGGGACUUGCUCAGAGACUCGUCUGCACAAUGUGGCCAUACAAAGAAGUUAAAAGCACAAAGCUUGUGUGAAGCUGUAAGGCAUGUUGAGUCUCUUUAUAAAGAUCUUCAGGAUGCUCAAAAUCAAACAGCUCUUGGUGGGGAAAUGAAGACAAAUCAGAGAUCCGAUAUCCUGUUCCACAUUUUUCUGCAGCUGAGGGCAAACCCACUGGUCAUUCUCUAAACUACACACACUCAUGAUGUAUCAAAUAAAAAGUAAAUACAGUA